AUGGCGCCUCGGCUUGCAGCCUUACAACGCGAGCACAUCAUUGCUCUACGGCAAAGCGGAUGCCGUGUAACAGACAUAUGUCGUCUAACUGGAAUUACGAGAAAUACAAUCUACCAAUGGAUAAGACGGUGGGAGGAAGAUGGCAGCUUGCAGGUCCAUCACCGCAAGGUUUACAAGCGGGCGACCACCGCGGAGCAGGACGCUGCCAUAAUUGCGGCUCAUGCUUCAGACAAACACCUCAGCACGCGAGUCUCUUCCACAAGUUACAAUAUAUCAAUGGCCACGGUACGGCGACGUUUAAAGGAAGCCACUAAAAAAAAGGAUGAAAAAUCAGGAAAUUCGGAAACUAAAAAAGAAACUGAGAAAAAACUAUUGUGUCCGAAUUGUAAAACUGAGGUGGAAACUCCGGCUGUAAAGAGGCAAGAGAAUCAAAGGAAAAUAAUGAUAGCUCGAGUGUUCCACUAUUUGGCUCAAGAAUUUGAAGAUUUAAAGAAGAUGUCAGGUCCUCAGCAAAUGCAUGCGAUGGGACAGAUUCACAAACGAGCUGCUGCGGCUACUGGCGUCAAAGAAGCGGCAGUGGAACAGGCUCUGAAAGAAGAAGCGCAGAAGAAAGAAGCACGUAAGGAAACUAAGAGAAGAGCGUCCCUUACGCCACGGAAAAAGCCUAUUCGAAAGACUGAUAAGCAACUGAAGAUCGAUCCGACGACGGCAGCUAACCUAGCAAGCAAUAUUCCUAAUUUCCAGCCUCAAGCCAUCAACAAUCCCUACAUGCUGGCGAAUAUGGGUAUGAACAUGUUUCCACCACCACAAGUGAACUACUCGCGUUAA